UCCGCCCGGAGCCUUCCGAGACUGGAGUGACCCAUCUGCGCCCGCAGCCUCCCAGGACUCCUCAGGGGUCCAGUCUCCACCCACAGCCUGUCAAGACUCCUCGGGGGUCCAGUCUCCGCCUGUAGCCUCCCAAGACCCCUCGGAGGUCCAUUCUCCACCCACAGCCUCCCAAGACUCAGCUGGUGUCCAGCCUCCGCCCGGAGCCUCCCACAAUUCCAAUGUCCAGUCUAUGCCGGGAGCCUCCAAAACUUCUGGUGUCCAGUCUCCGCCCGGAGUCUCCCACAAUUCCAGUGUCCAGUGUCCGCCCGGAGCCUUCUGAGACUGGAGUGACCCAUCCGCACCCCCAGCCUCCCAGGACUCCUCAGGGGUCCAGUCUCUGCCUGUAGCCUCCCAAGACUCCUCGGAGGUCCAGUCUCCACCCGCAGCCUCCCACAAUUCUGAAGUCCAGUCUCUGCCUGGAGCCUCCCACAAUUCCAGUGUCCAUUCCCCAUGCAGAGCCUCCCACAAUUCCGAUGUCCAGUCUAUGCCGGGAGCCCCCCACAGUUCCGGUGUCCAGUGUCCGCUGGAGCCUCCCACAGUUGCAGUGUCCAGUGUCCGCCCAGAGCCUCCCACAAUUCCGGUGUCCAGUCUCCGCCCGGAGCCUCCCACAAUUCCGGUGUCCAGUGUCCACCCGGAGCCUCCCACAAUUCCGGGGUCCAGUCUCUGCCUGUAGCCUCCCAAGACUCCUCGGAGGUCCAUUCUCCACCCACAGCCUCCCAAGACUCAGCGGGUGUCCAGUCUCCACCAGAGCCUCCCACAAUUCCAGUGUCCAGUCUCCACCAGCAUCCUCCCACAAUUCCGGUGUCCAGUCACCACCCACAGCCUCUCCAGACUCCUCAGAGGUCCAGCCUCCACCUGAAGCCUCCCAAGACUCGGUGGGUGUGCAGUCUCCACCCAGAGCCUCCCAAAUUCCAGUGUCCAGUGUCCGCCCAGAGCCUCCCAGAAUUCCGGUGGCCAGUCCCCGCGCGGAGCCUCCCACAAUUCCGAUGUCCAGUCUAUGCCGGGAGCCUCCAACACUUCCAGUGUCCAGUGUCCGCCCGGAGCCUUCCGAGACUGGAGUGAGCCAUCUGCUCCCGCAGCCUCCCAGGACUCCUCGGGGGUCCAGUCUCCACCCACAGCCUGUCAAGACUCCUCGGGGGUCCAGUCUCCACCUGCAGCCUCCCAAGACUCAUCAGGUGUCCAGUUUCUGCCCGGAGCCUCCCACAGUUCUGGUGUCCAGUCUCCGCCCCGAGCCUCCCACAGUUCCGGGGUCCAGUCUCCACCCACAGCCUCCCAAGACUCGUUGCGUGUCCAGUCUCCACCCGGAGCCUCCCAAGACUCUUCCAGUGUCCAGUCUCCACCCAGAGCCUCCCACAAUUCUGGUGUCCAGUCUCCACCUGGAUCCUCCCACAAUUCCGAUGUCCAGUCUCCACCUGGAGCCUCCCACAAUUCCGGUGUCCAGUCUCUGCCCAGAGCCUCCCACAGUUCUGGUGUCCAGUGUCCGCCCGGAGCCUUCCAAGACUGGAGUGAGCCAUCUGCUCCCACAGCCUCCCAGGACUCCUCGGGGGUCCAGUCUCCACCCACAGCCUGUCAAGUCUCCUCAGGGGUCCACUCUCCGCCCGCAGCCUCCUGAGACUGGUGUGUCCCAUCUCCACCUGCAAUCUCCCGACCCUAGUCGGGUGUCCAAUCUCCUACUACACAUGCUGAAAUUGCUGGAUCCUGGGAGGACGCUGAAAGUCAUGUGGGAUCGUUGUGAGGCCCAGGUGAAGAAAACUGAGGAACCCACCAAGACUGAUCAAUGCCCUUGUGGAGAAUCCUGCCUGCAGCCUCCUGAGACUCUGGUGUCCAGUCUCCGUCCGGAGCCUCCCAAUGCUCCAGAGUCCCAUCAGUUCUCGGAGCCUCCCAAUAUUGGAGCAUCCUACAUAAAAGAACUGCUUCGAGACACAGCAAGCCCAAAAGACCCUCUUCAAUAUAGAUACACGUCGGAAAAACUCCGUGAAUUCUUCAAGUGGGCCGCAGACGUGGGAGUUGAAGAAACAAUCUGGAAUCUGUUUGACUUCACCACCAAGUACAGAGCAAUCCAUGAGGACCAAAAGUUUAAGAAAGUAAAGGAGUGUUCCUCAGAGCUGCAGUACUACACCAUGGAGCUAGAUGAAAAGGAUGAGGACAAAUUCUUCUCACAGGAAAAAUACCGGGGCAGGAAAUUCCACAUGCCAUCAAAUUCUUAUACCGCACAGCGUGUGAAGAUGAAAUAUGGAGCAUGGUACCUCAAGCCUAAGUUGUGGAAAACGUGUAGAAGUGACGAAACUUUGACUGACCCCAAACUCUUACUUAAAAAGCCUGAUGAACCUGACGUUCUUGAAGAGCUUUAUGGACCAAUUGCCUUUAAGGAUUUCAUUCUCAGCAAGGGCUAUGAAAUGCCUGGAAUCCUUGAAAGGCUGUUUGCCAGGAAAGGAUGGACUUAUGACUCUGAACAGACUCCUAUUCAACGUGCAAUACUUUACAGGUAUGAAGAAAUCGUAGAGUCAUCGGAAGAAGAUUAGCGCUCUUCAGUUUACUACUCAAUUGGGUAUUUCUUGCUCUCAUUUUAAUCAUCAAUCAUAAUUUAUGAUGAAAAAUAUCCAUAUCCAGCUAUUGAGAGAAAAACAGAACAGAUAACAGAGAAAUAAGUGUAGGAGACAUUUGGGACAUGGUGAAAAGUAUAAAAAUGUAUAAUUCGAGUUACAGAAGAAUAGAAGAGAAAGAUGGCACAACAACAACAUUUGAAAAACUAAUGACUAAGAAACUCUUGAAGCUGGAAAAUACCAGUGACAGAUUCAGGAAAUGCUACAAACCACAAGAAUGAUAAACAUAAGGAAAACCACACCUAAACACAUCAUUAUUAAAAUUUCUGAAAACGAAACAUGAAAAUAAAUAUACAUUUUUGUUU